GUGAGGACGGAGAUCCCGUUUAUCGACGACGCGACAUCGACAACGGAGGGCAGGUCGCUACCUUGAAUGUGCGAGGAAGAACAGUCAACAUUGACAACAGAUGGAUCGUUCCAUAUUGCCCAAUAUUGUGCCGAUCUUUCAACGCUCACAUAAACGUUGAAUAUUGUCAUUCCGUACAAGCAAUUUAGUACAUAUGUAAGUACAUUAAUAAAGGAUCGGAUCAAGCCACUUUCAGUGUCAGAAAUGCUCAUGACGAAGUUGAAAAAUAUUUAAACGGCCGAUACAUCAGUACAUCUGAAGCAGUGUGGAGAUUGUUAGAGUUUCCUAUACAUGACAGACACCCUACCGUAGUACACUUAGCGGUACACUUAGAGAACGGACAACGAGUAUACUUCUCAGCGGAAAAUAUACAAAAUAUUGUUGAAAAUCCACCUAAAACGACACUCACUGCCUUUUUUGACCUGUGCAGCAGUGACGGGUUUGCUAGAACACUACUCUAUCACGAAGUCCCUCAUUACUAUACAUGGGCAAACAAUAAAUUUUCUAGAAGGAAGCGUGGCCAAGACGUAGUUGGACACCCCGGCAUAAAAAAAGAUGCAGCAUUGGGAAGAGUGUACAGCAUUCAUCCUUCACAGUCAGAAUGUUUUUAUCUCAGGAUACUACUUCAUCAUGUACGUGGCCCAACAUCGUUCCAGUAUUUAAAAACAGUUGAGGGAAUUGUUAAAGAAACUUACCAAGCCGCUUGCCGAGAUAGAGGUUUGCUGGAAAAUGAUAACCAAUGGGAAAUAACUUUGAGAGAAGCUUCAAUAUCCCAAUGUCCGCUUAAGCUGAGAGAAUUGUUUGUGGUGAUUCUAUUAUUUUGUUUCCCCUCGGAACCUCUCAAAUUAUGGAACACUUUUAAAAACGAUUUGUGUCAAGAUAUCAGACACAUAGCCCAAGAAAGAUGUCAACAAGAUUUUAAUGUUUAUAAUGAAGGUUUGAUACAGAUCGAAAAUAAACUUUUAGAACUGAACGAUAAAAAUUUGGUAGACUUUGGGUUACCCUCUCCGAAUCGCCCCCUACAAAAUGUAGUUAAUGCCAUACCGAGCUCUACAUACGAUGUUAACGAGUUAUCAGUAUAUGUCAACUCAAAUGUACCCAAGUUGGUGGCAGAUCAAAAAAUUGCGUUCGAUGCUAUAAUUGAAAGUGUGAUCAACAACAAAGGUAGACUAUUUUUUUUGGACGCGCCUGGCGGAACAGGUAAAACAUUUCUUGCCAAUUUAAUUUUAGCCAAAGUACGACAAUCUGGAAGAAAAGCACUGGCGGUCGCGUCUUCUGGCAUUGCUGCAACUCUAUUAAAUGGUGGGAAGACUGCUCACUCGACCUUUAAAUUACCGUUGUCUGUGUCAUUAGAACAACAAUCGGUAUGCUCAAUCCGCAAAAAUGGUCCACUUGGGAAGCUCUUACAGGACACUUCACUGAUUAUUUGGGAUGAGUGUACCAUGAGCCAUAGAGCUCACGUGGAAGCUGUGAACCGCACAUUAAAAGACCUCAGGAACUCAGGCAAUGUGAUGGGAGGCGUAACCUUUGUGUUGGCUGGAGACUUUCGCCAAACACUACCGGUUAUAACUAAAGGUACACGCGCCGACGUUAUUAAAGCGUGCCUCAAAUCAUCACCUUUGUGGCAAUCAAUUAAAACUCUAAAUUUGCGCACAAAUAUGAGAGCACAUUUAAGUAACGACAACAAUGGAAAUUUCUCACAAAAAAUACUUCAACUUGGAGAUGGAAAACUACCAUCGCCAGUUGCAAAUAACUCCCAAGUAUCGUUGGACAAUGAAUUGGCUCAAACUGUUAACAGUCUAGAUGUUCUUAUAGACACAAUCUAUCCCGACAUUGAAAAUCUCACAGAACGAAAUUUCAAUUGGCUCUGUUCGAGGGCGAUAGUGUCGCCAAGAAACGAUUCCGUAAAUGAUAUAAACAGAAUGAUUAUGGAAAAAGUACCAGGUGAUUUCAAAUGUUACAAAUCUAUUGACACUGUGUGCAACAUCGAAGAUGCAGUACACUACCCACAAGAAUUUUUAAAUUCCCUCAACCCUGCCGGCUUGCCACCCCACGAACUAAAAUUAAAAGGAGGUACUCCUAUCAUGCUUUUGAGAAAUUUAAGCCCUCCCAAUAUGUGCAAUGGCACAAGACUUUUGAUAAGGGAAUUACGAGACAAUGUGAUUGUAGCAACAAUCAUCACUGGGCCCGCGGCCGGACAGCUCGCUCACAUACCGCGAAUCCCGAUGAUUCCGACGGAUUUACACAUAUCCUUUAAAAGUAACGAAGUACAACCACCUGCAACAACUAAAAGCAGUAUUACCUAA